AUGCGCCUUGCGGCGUCGGCGCGGGAGGACUCCACCACCGAGGGCUACGCGCGACAUUGGCGCGAGUUUGAGGGGUGGUGCGACGAGGAGGGCCUCGACCCGCUGCCCGCCACCCCGCAGAUGAUCUUCGCCUAUGUCGGCGCGCUGGCCGAGAAGGGGACGAUCGCUGCGAGCAGCCUCCAGCCCUACCUCUCGGCCAUCAACUCGUACCACGCCGACUGCGGCUUCGACAAGCCUGCCCUCGGCCACCUCGUGACCGCGGCGCGCCGGGGCAUGGCGCGGGGCCAGGCUCGCUGCGACACGCGAGACACGCGUGUCCCAAUGCCGGCGGCUGCGGCGGCGCGUAUCCUCCGCGCCACCCUCGCAGCCCUGCCCUCUCUCGCGGCGAGGAAGGGUUCGCGAGGCGCAGCUGACUUCCUCCGGAGGCGCUACGCCUUCGUCCUCUCCUUCGUCUUCAUGGGGCGGCAAGACACCUCGACCGGUCUCCGCUCCGCCGACCACGGUAUCGAUGAAGGCAACUCGGGCUUCAUCUGGCUCCGCAUCUCCGAGAAGAUGCGCGGCGGCCGGCGUCACAUGGUGGGCUGGGUGAGCGAGACGCUCGACGAGGAGGGCGUGCGGGCUCCGGCCGGCUUCGUCUACCUCGGCCACUCGCUGCGCUCUGGCGGCUCAAGCGCCGCGGAGGCCAUCCGGGUGCCCCGCUUUCGGGGCAACUGGCUCGGCGGCUGGUCUCAGAAUGGCCGGACACGCGAGCUUCACUACAUGGACCCGUCGGUGCUGCCGUCGCCCGAGGCCUACGAGCUUCUCGGCUCGGAGCCUGGCGAGCCGACGAGCUAG